GGGUUAUGGAGUGGUUCCUUUGGCCGGCCACAAAAGGUUUUCCAUCCCUUGGCUCCACGUUCCUGCUUCCUAGCUAGUCCCAGGGGCGGAACCGAGGCAGGGGCCGGCACCAGGAAGGAACGACAAAUUCUUGUGGCCACCCGCCACCAUCGCCAAGGUUUUCGCUGAAGCUUUCUUGUUUUGGGCGGGGGCUCAGAGUCAGGCCAUCUGUUGCUGGCCGGUUGAUAUCGUGGGGGCCGGGAGAUGCCGUCGUCCUCCUCCUCCUCCUCGGUCCAACGCGCGACGAGCGACGCGCUCAUCGGCCCCGACUGGGCGACCAACCUCGAGAUCUGCGACACCCUCAACCGCGAUCCAGGCCAAACAAAAGAUGUUGUCAAGUCUCUCAAGAAGCGCAUUGCUCACAAGAACUCAAAGGUCCAGCUUCUCGCUCUCACGUUGUUGGAGACAAUGAUUAAAAAUUGUGGGGACAUUGUCCAUAUGCAUGUUGCUGAGAGAGACAUACUUCGUGAAAUGGUGAAGAUAGUAAAGAAAAGGCCUGAUUAUCAUGUAAAAGAGAAGAUUCUCACGCUGAUCGACACUUGGCAAGAAUUUUUUGGCGGCGCACGUUCAAAAUAUCCGCAAUACUAUGCAUCAUACCAGGACCUUUUGCGUGCCGGAGCUGUAUUUCCUCAAAGAUCAAAUGGAUCUGUGCCAAUAUUUACUCCUGCGCAGACUCAGCCUCUACAAAACUAUCCUCCUGCUCUACGCGAUGCUGACCACGAGGCUCCUGAAUCGUCAGCGCAGGAUUUUCCUGCCACAAGCCUGGCAGAUAUUCAGAAUGCACGGGGUAUCAUGGACGUUCUUUCGGAGAUGUUGAAUGCUUUAGAUCCUAGUAAAAGACAGGAACUUCGUCAGGAUGUCAUCGUUGACCUUGUGGAUCAGUGCCGUACAUACAAGCAGAGAGUCGUGCAGCUUGUCAACAGUACCUCGGACGAGGGGUUGCUCAGCCAGGGUCUUUGUUUGAAUGAUGAUCUGCAGCGUGUUUUAGCAAAACACGACGCUAUUGCUGCAGGCAUAGCGGUUCCGGUGGAGAAGCAGAGAUCGCUCCAUUCCACGCUAGCGAAGCCAGAUACUACAAAAGAAGCAGUUCAAAGGUCUUCAGCAACUACUUCAAGUGCAAGCAAGCAGUCACCCUCAGAACAAUUGGCGCUUCCCGCGCCGGCACCUCGAUCAUCUAGCAGUGCAAAAGCUAUUGUUGCAGCACCAGCUCCUAGUUUCGACCUCCUUAGUGGAGAUGACUACAUCAAACCUGAACCUGAAAACUCGCUGGCGCUUGUUCCUGUCAGUGAAUACUCAGCUUCAGACCAGAAUGUAUUGGCCCUUGCAGACAUGUUCCAACAAAAUAGUGUUGCUGCCAACAAUAGAAACCAUAACCAGCUUACAAACUCUUUUGUUUCCCCUGCAUCUCGAGCAAACCCUGCUCCAGUGCACCCUACUCUGCCUCAGCAACCCACUACUUAUUCAAACGGGGACAUCGUACCUUACGGUCAACAAUCUCAACCGAACGUCACAAGGUCAUGGAAUGGGCAGCCUGCUUAUGGAGUGGAUUCUCAACGGCAAGCACUAAAUUAUGGUGUAGAGGAUCAGAACAGAGGCCUUCCACCACCACCCUGGGAAAUUCAGCACUUGACGGGUAACCAACCCCAACAAGCACAAAGUGGUCAAGGAUUCAUGUCAACACAACAAAUGCCAGGAGGUAUGCGCUUGCCACCGGUGCUCGGCGCGCAGCAAGCACCACAGUUUGUGCCGAACAUGCAAUACGGGGGCAUGUACCCGAAUUCGAUGCAAAUCAACCAAGGAAUGGGCAUGAACUCCCAACCGAUUGUCGGCGGACAGUUUUAUGGGAUGAACUAUCAACAGUCAUAUGCAGUUCAAAUGGCCGGUUAUGGGUAUGUGCACCAAUCUGGAGGCUACUACAUCCCGAACGCCGCAUAUGCGUAUACCAGUGCAAAUGAACUUUCUCAGAGAAUGAAUGGUGCAACGUCAUCCUUUUCUCUGAAGCAGCAGAAUAAAGCAAGCAGGCCAGAAGACUCGCUCUUUGGCGAUCUUCUUAGCAUAGCCAAAAUGAAGCAGAGCAAACCUGCAGCUGGUAAGGUCGGUGGCUUGUAAGAAGAAGGGUGGAGUGGAUGCAUGAUUUUGCCAGCAGCAAAAGCUUUACCUCGAACUCUCGUAGUACAUAAUUCUAUUUGGCACUUUUGGUACAAUGCCAGAUGGUUUAUUGAUGUAAAUUCCAUUUUUAGGCACGGAUACAUACUGGAAAGUAAUGGACUGUAUGAUUCCUGUAUGAUAUGGUCUGAUUAUAUAAUACAGUUCGAAUUUUGUAGUGUCA